AUGGAAGGGAAGAAAGUUAUCGUCGUCGGUGCUGGGCCUGUCGGAUCACUGGCCGCACUCUAUGCGUCGUCACGCGGCGCAAAUGUCGAAAUAUAUGAGCUUCGGAAUGAUCUACGGAAUCUUGAAACGACUCCUCUCAAUUUCACCAAAUCCAUCAAUCUUGCCCUCUCGGAACGUGGUAUCAAUGCCCUGCGAUCGACCGGAAAUAAAGAGCUUCUGGACGGUGUUCUAGCACAAACAAUCCCAAUGUAUGGUCGCAUGAUCCACACCCGCUCACCCACUGGGUCACUGUCGCAACAGUCACAAGCAUAUGAUGUUCAUGGUCGCUUCCAACGCUCCGUUGAUCGCGGUCAACUCAAUCAUGUGUUGCUCGACCAUUUGGAUUCGUUACCCAAUGUCGAAUUCUUCUUUCAGCACAAGAUGACGGGCGCCGACUUCCGAAAGAAAAAGGCUUGGUUUGAGGUCAUGAACCAGACCAGUUCCGACUCGAACCGGCCCGACGAGAUUGAAGUUCAUUUCGACCUCUUGAUUGGAGCUGAUGGAGCCCAUUCCGCAACCAGGCAUCACAUGAUGAAGUACGCUCGAAUGGACUAUCAUCAAGAAUAUAUUGACUGCCUUUGGUGCGAGUUUACCAUGCCCCCGACGAAAUCGGGGGACUUUGCCAUCUCUCCGAAUCACCUGCAUAUUUGGCCUGCUGGCAGUUUUAUGUUCAUUGCUCUCCCUAACCUGGACAAGUCUUUUGUCUGCACAUUAUUUGGGCCCGUGGAUUUAUACACCAAGCUCGAAGAAGGCUCGGAUGCUGAACUCAUCUCAACUUUCGACAAGUACUUUCCCGGCGUCACCACUUACAUUGAACCUUCCGACCUCGUUGCUCAAUUUAAACGCAACCCGCACCUGCCACUGAUAAAUAUCAAGUGCUCACCACAUCACUUCAGCGACAGUGUUGUCAUCGUUGGCGACGCAGCGAAUGCCAUGGUGCCAUUCUACGGACAAGGCAUGAACGCGGGUUUGGAGUCCGUCCGAGUCUUGUUCUCCAAACUCGAUGAAUCGUCCAAUGUUGCAGAGGCACUCGCUAACUAUGCCGGCGAACGAACAAAGGACGUGCAUACCAUCGCUGACCUGGCGAUUGCGAACUAUACGGAGAUGCGGUCUUCAGUCACCUCUCCUCUGUACAAAAUGCGAAAAUACAUUGAGGAGCAGCUCGACAAAUACGUCCCGAGUCUGGGUUGGGCCACUCAAUACUCACGAGUUAGCUUCAGCAAUAUGAGAUACAGCGAUGUGAUCAAGAAAUCCAAGAGUCAGAAGCGCAUCUUGACCGGGCUGUUUCUAGCUGUGGCAAUGACAGCAUUGACCGGUCCCGCUGCUGGUCUCUGGAUGUACUUGCUGCGGUUCCAUCGCCGACAAGAACUUCAAUCUCGCAUGGUCGCGAAGGUGAAUAUGCUUCUCUUCUAG